GGCGGUGUCGGAGCAGUCACUGGAUGGGCUGAGCGAAUAAAAGAAGGAAGAUGAGACGCUGUUUGGAGCCAGAGAGCAGCAGCAGGUGUUCAAAGAUGAAUUGGCUUGGAGCUGUACUCGCCCUGUGCGUCCUCGUGCCCAGCGCACACUGUGCCUCAGACUCAAUCGCCUGGUGUUAUCAUGAGCCAAGCUGCAAUGAUUCUACCUGGCCAACCAUUGCUACCAAGUUUUGCAAUGGCAGCCGACAGUCGCCCAUUAACAUCAUCUCAGCAUCUGCCCAACUUGACACCAAUCUGACUGCAUUCACUUUGAAUAACUUCAAUGGCAACUCCUUGAAGAGCAUCACAAACACUGGAAAGACAGUCAAAGUCACCCUCAACAGUGGUAUCAGCAUUUCAGGAGGAGGCCUGUCCGGGGCAUAUGACAGCCUGCAGUUCCACUUGCACUGGGGCAAUGGUUCCUCUGUCCCUGGCUCCGAACACACUGUGAAUGGCAAGCGCUAUCCCAUGGAGCUUCACAUCGUAAACAGCAAGGCAAUCUAUGCUGGGAACACAACUCUAGCUGUUUCAGAUAGUACAGGACUUGCUGCUCUUGGUUUCCUCAUUGAGGAAAUGUCAGGUAAUGCCACCGGCCAACCUGCCAGCUGGAAUAUCUUGAGCUCCUACCUUUCCAAAAUCAAAAACAUUGGCGACUCCUCUGAAGUAUCUCAAAUAUCACUGACUGAUCUUAUACCCGGGGUGGAUACCACCAGGUAUUACCGCUACCUUGGCUCCUUGACCACCCCCUCUUGCAAUGAGGCUGUUGUUUGGACUGUGUUCAAGGACACGGUUAAAGUCAGCAAAGAUGUGAUUGACAAGUUCAGCAAAAUGAUCUACGUCACCAACAGCACAUCACCUUUAAUUGUGAAUAACUUCAGAAACCUCCAGCCAGCACUAUCCGUCACAACCAGCUCUAGCUCCAAAACCUGCUAUUCUGUGGGGCUGAUGGCUUUGACCGUUCUUCUGGGAAGGUUGUAG